CCUUCAAGGAUGCCCCUGAGACUUCGGCUUCUGCUGCUGUGUCUGUGGGGGCUGCCACCCCAGAGGGCGGAGACAGACUCUGAGGGACAGACGGCGGAGCUGUACCAGCGCUGGGAGCUCUACGGCAGGGAGUGCCAGGAGGCCCUGGGGGCUGCAGAUCCUCCCUCAGGCGUGGUCUGUAACGGGUCCUUCGACACGUACGUCUGCUGGGACUACACGGCCGCCAACACCACUGCCCAGGUGCCCUGCCCCUGGUAUCUGCCCUGGUAUCGCCACGUGGCUGCAGGCUACGUCUUCCGCCAGUGUGGCAGUGAUGGCCAGUGGGGGUCUUGGAGAGAUCACACCCAGUGUGAGAGUCCAGAGACGAAUGGGGCCUUUCAGGACCAAAGACUGAUCCUGGAGCGCCUGCAGGUCGUGUAUACAGUCGGCUACUCCCUGUCUCUGGCCACGCUGUUGCUAGCCCUCCUCAUCUUAAGUUUGUUCAGGAGGCUACACUGCACUCGUAAUUACAUCCACAUGAACUUGUUCACGUCUUUCAUGCUGCGGGCAGCGGCCAUCCUCACCCGAGACCGGCUGCUGCCUGCACUGGGCCGCUACACAGAGGAUCAGACUCUUACCCUGUGGAGCCAGGCCCUAGCUGCCUGCCGCACGGCCCAGAUUGUGACCCAGUACUGCGUGGGUGCCAACUACACCUGGCUGCUGGUGGAGGGUGUGUACCUGCACCAUCUGCUGGUUAUCGUAGGAGGCUCAGAAAAAGGCAACUUCCGCUGCUACCUGCUUCUUGGCUGGGGGGCCCCCGUGCUUUUCGUCAUUCCUUGGGUGAUCGUCAGGUACCUGUUGGAGAAUACGCGGUGCUGGGAGCGCAACGAAGUCAAAGCCAUUUGGUGGAUCAUUCGCACCCCCAUCCUAAUAACCAUCUUGAUCAAUUUCCUCAUCUUCAUCCGCAUCCUUGGCAUCCUCUUGUCAAAGCUGAGGACACGGCAGAUGCGGUGCCCCGACUACCGACUAAGGCUGGCUCGGUCCACGCUGACGCUGGUGCCCCUGCUGGGUGUCCACGAGGUGGUGUUUGCUCCCGUGAUGGAGGAACAGGCUGAAGGCGCCCUGCGUCUUGCCAAACUGGCCUUUGAAAUCUUCCUAAGUUCCUUUCAGGGCUUUCUGGUGAGCCUGCUCUACUGCUUCAUCAACAAAGAGGUGCAGUUGGAGAUUCGCCGAGGCUGGCGUCACUGCCUCCUACAUCUCAGUCUCCUCGAUGAGCACCCCCGUCUGCACGUGGAUCUUGGCCCUCCGGCCCUGCCCUUGCGUUCUGCACCCCGGGAGGUCCCCAUGGGCGGCUCCUUGCCCUCUGGGUCACUGCACAUGCCUGGAGAUGAGGUCUUGGAAAGUUACUGCUAGGUAACGGGACUCCCGUGUCUGUGUAGCUUGUAUUGAGUGCCUACUGUGUACCAGCUCCUGUGUGGGGAAUGCUGGGGAACCCCGAGAGAAGGAAGACAAGGUCCCUACGUGUAUAUUUUGUUGUGGAGUGACUUAUGAAAAGAAUUGAGAUGUUUAGGACAACUGACAGGGAGGCCACUUGUGAAGAUGAGACACUUUUAAGCCAUGCUUCAAAGAAGUGGAGAUAACUUGAAGAGCUGGAGGACAAGAUUCCAGGAAGACAGAAUAGCAUGUGAAAAGGCUCUGGGAACAGGAAGGAUGGAGAAGGGCUUCCGUGGCUCGACUGGAAAAUGCUGGGCCUGCAGACUGAAAAGUGGGCCGGGAUACAGAAACUGGGAUUGCAUGCCAGCUGCACUGGAGAUUUUCAUCUUUUUAUGCGUACGACCGUUUUUGCCUGCAUGGAUGUCUGUGCGCACAUGCAUGCAGCACUUACAUACUCAUGGAGGACAGAAGCUCCCCUCCGACAGGAUGCUUGUCAGCCUCCACGGGGGUGGGGGCAACUGAAUCUAUCUCUCCAGUUAGCAGCAUGUCUAGCUCCUUGGCUUUUCCCAAAGUUGUCUGCUCCACAGGGACAGAUCAUCAGGGGCAGGAUGUAAACUGGGAGCCCAGUGAGGGGAAUGCAGGUGGCUGGACCAGCAGAGGGGUGAGAAAGAUAUGUUGAUGGAUCCCAGGAGAGGGAUCAAAGGAGAAUGCCAAGACAAAAGGAGGGAGAUCAAAGGGCUCUUUGUUUGGGGUAGAGGGAGUAGUGAAGUGCUCUUGGCCUGUGUUAGGCUGAACUUAGGAUCUGGAGAAACCUGGCAGCGAGCAAGAGGAGCCUGGGUCACUGAGGGUUAAACAUGGAACCUCUGCAGGAGAAACCCUACCACCUCCCAGAGAGGACUGGGAGAAGUUGGGGAAGCAGUCUAAUUGCAGCUGGUCUAUCUGUGUGCACACACACAGGCCUUCUCAAUUAGUAGGGUGUGCUGUAUUUUCCCCAGGGUCCCCAGAAAGACACACCCCAGGCUUUGGUUUCUGGUGGGGUAGAGGCCCUAGCAAAGCAAACAUGAAAAUCAAUUGCUUCUAUAUGGGGUGGGAGAUGAAGGUCAGGCUGGAAAGGCAGAUGACCAGGGUAUGCGUGUGAGGUUGUCUGCCACAGAUGAAUAAGGUUCAACUGGAGCCACGUUCCCACUGUGCCCUUGACUGGAAACUAAGACACAUGUACAAAUUAAAUCUGUGUGUGUGACCCUGCUACUUCUCUAGGAAGACAACACAAAUAGCAGAGCUGGGAGAGGAUGUGGGACACCUGUAACCCCAAAACUUGGGAGGAGGGUGUGUUAAGGUCAUCUUGAUGGAAGCAAGUUGGACAUCUGAACUCUGGAGACCUUGUCUCACACAAACAGCGAAAGCAGCAGGACCA